AUGGAUUCCCUUACCACUCAUCCCUCCACCGCACAACAGGCCAAAGCCUUCACCUCUCCCGCAUCUCUCUCGUUUCCUGGUGGUGCUGGGGACUUGACACCGCCUUCCUCUGAGAAAGAUGGACAGAACCUCAACGGUGGCUCUUACGCAGAUGCGAAGAUGAAUGGCCAGCAACAGGGAGGAAAUGCCUUACAGGCUCCACAAACCCCCAGUGCUACUCCUGGUGCUGGAGUGAGUGGUAUCGUGCCCACUUUGCAAAACAUCGUUGCAACAGUCAACCUUGAUUGUCGCCUCGAUCUCAAGACCAUUGCACUGCAUGCUCGCAAUGCUGAGUACAAUCCAAAGCGUUUCGCCGCUGUGAUCAUGCGUAUCCGUGACCCCAAGACCACUGCCUUGAUCUUUGCAUCUGGCAAGAUGGUUGUCACUGGCGCAAAGUCGGAAGAUGAUUCGAAACUGGCAAGCCGCAAGUAUGCGCGUAUCAUCCAAAAGCUCGGCUUCAAUGCCAAGUUCACCGAUUUCAAGAUUCAAAACAUUGUCGGCUCUUGUGAUAUCAAGUUCCCCAUCCGACUCGAAGGUCUUGCUUCCAAGCAUCAUCCUUUCAGUUCCUACGAGCCUGAAUUGUUUCCUGGUCUCAUCUACCGUAUGAUCAAACCUAAGAUCGUCUUGUUGAUCUUCGUCAGCGGAAAGAUUGUGCUCACUGGCGCCAAAGUUCGUGAGGAGAUCUAUCAAGCCUUCGAGCAGAUCUACCCAACGUUGUCAGGUUAG